AGUUCGUGCUUGUGGUUGCGGCUAUGUUCUCAUCAGCUUGAGAUCAUUUGAAACAUUUAUUGAGGGCAUCUUGUUUUUACACCUACUCUAACAACAAGAACAGGACCUUUUAAAAAGGAUUAGUGAAUACUGUUGACAAAGAGGAGGUCAGACAUCAGCCGCCACCAUGAGUACGGACGCAGAGAUGGCCACUUAUGGCAAAGCUGCCAUUUACCUUCGUAAGCCAGAAAGGGAGAGAAUUGAGGCUCAAACUGCACCGUUUGAUGCCAAGAGUGCCUGCUACGUGGCCGAUGUCAAGGAGCUGUACUUGAAGGCAAAAAUCAUCAAGAAAGAUGGUGACAAAGUAACCGUCGAAACCCUGGACACUAAGGAGGAGAGGGUAGUGAAAGAAGCUGACGUCUAUCCAAUGAACCCUCCCAAGUAUGACAAGAUUGAGGACAUGGCCAUGAUGACCCAUCUCAAUGAAGCCUCUGUGCUGUAUAACCUCAAAGAGCGUUAUGCAGCAUGGAUGAUCUAUGUAAGACAAUCUGCCUGA